AUGAACAGACUUCAACUUCUCACGCGUGCAAUUCUCACCAAACCGUUAUCCGUGAAUACACUGGUUGCUAUUCGUUCUCCUCCCUCUUUUGGACGAUUUUUAGCCCCAAACGGCUCCCGCUCAUACUCGAGUGGACAUGAAGACGAGUCAUUCGAGGCUUUCACCGAACGCUACGUAAAACUAUUCGAGGGAGUAGACGACCUAUUCGAACUACAGAGAAAUCUAAAUAAUUGUUUUGCUUAUGAUCUAGUGCCCGCCCCAUCGGUUAUUGAGGCGGCGUUGAAAGCCGCAAGGCGUGUUAACGAUUUCCCAACGGCCGUUCGAAUUUUCGAGGGUUUAAAGGAGAAAGUGGAGAAUACCAGUCAAUAUGAGCAGUAUCUGGAGGAAUUGAAGCCUGUGCGUAAUGAACUAGGAGUAUUGACAAAGGAUGAAUUAGGAUUGGAAUGGAAAUAA